ACCCGGCGGCUCAGACCCGGCCCGAGCGCCCGCGGAGAACACGGACAGGGACCUGCACGGCCACGGGCGCUGCGCCGGAGGCUCCUCUCGCGGGCGGGGGCUGCGCUACCAUGGCGGACAAGGAGGCCGGCGGCAGCGACACUGGGCCCCGAGAAAUGGCCCCUACAUCUGCAUAUUCAUCUCCAGCCCGGAGUCUGGGGGACACAGGAAUAACACCUCUGUCCCCUUCCCACACUGUGAACGAUGCCGACCCAAACGUCUCUGAGCAGCAGACGUUUCUCGUGGUGGUGGCUGUCGACUUUGGGACCACAUCCAGCGGCUAUGCCUACAGCUUCACCAAGGAGCCAGAAUGCAUCCACGUAAUGAGGCGAUGGGAAGGAGGCGACCCUGGGGUGUCCAACCAGAAGACUCCGACCACCAUCUUGUUGACUCCGGAGAGGAAGUUCCACAGUUUCGGGUAUGCCGCCAGGGACUUCUACCACGACCUGGAUCCCAACGAGGCCAAGCAGUGGCUGUACCUGGAGAAGUUCAAGAUGAAGCUGCACACCACUGGGGACCUCACCAUGGAUACAGACCUGACGGCAGCAAAUGGCAAGAAAAUCAAAGCUCUUGAAAUCUUUGCUUAUGCCCUGCGGUACUUUAAGGAACAAGCGCUGAAGGAGCUGAGCGAUCAGACGGGUUCAGAGUUCGAGAACUCUGAUGUCAGAUGGGUUAUCACAGUGCCUGCCAUCUGGAAACAGCCUGCCAAGCAGUUCAUGAGACAAGCUGCCUACCAGGCAGGCCUGGCUUCCCCCGAGAACUCAGAGCAGCUCAUCAUUGCCUUGGAGCCCGAGGCGGCCUCCAUCUACUGCCGGAAGCUGCGGUUGCACCAGAUGAUCGAGCUGAGCAGCAAGGCCGCGGUCAAUGGGUACAGCGCCAGUGACACAGUAGGAGCUGGGUUUGCACAGGCUAAGGAACACAUACGACGUAAUCGGCAGAGUCGAACCUUUUUGGUGGAGAAUGUCAUAGGAGAAAUCUGGUCCGAGCUGGAGGAAGGUGACAAGUAUGUGGUAGUGGACAGUGGCGGUGGCACCGUAGACCUGACAGUCCACCAGAUACGGUUACCAGAGGGACACCUUAAAGAACUGUACAAAGCAACAGGUGGACCCUACGGAUCUUUAGGAGUAGAUUAUGAAUUUGAAAAGCUUCUGUGUAAAAUAUUCGGGGAGGAUUUUAUCGAGCAAUUCAAAAUCAAGCGUCCUGCGGCCUGGGUUGACUUAAUGAUUGCAUUUGAGUCUCGCAAAAGGGCAGCUGCCCCGGACCGAACUAACCCUCUGAAUAUCACCCUGCCCUUCUCCUUCAUUGACUACUACAAGAAGUUCCGUGGGCACAGUGUGGAGCACGCCUUGAGGAAGAGCAAUGUGGAUUUUGUGAAGUGGUCCUCGCAGGGGAUGCUGAGGAUGAGUCCAGAUGCCAUGAAUGCCCUUUUUAAGCCGACCAUCGAUAGCAUCAUUGAGCAUCUCCGGGACCUGUUUCAGAAGCCGGAAGUGUCCACGGUCAAGUUCCUCUUCCUGGUGGGCGGCUUCGCCGAGGCGCCCCUCCUGCAGCAGGCGGUGCAGGCUGCCUUCAGCGACCAGUGCCGUAUCAUCAUCCCCCAGGACGUGGGCCUCACCAUCCUCAAGGGCGCCGUCCUCUUCGGCCUGGACCCCACUGUCAUCAAGGUGCGCCGGUCCCCGCUCACCUACGGGGUUGGGGUGCUGAACCGCUACGUGGAGGGCAAGCACCCGCCCGAGAAGCUGCUGGUGAAGGACGGCACUCGCUGGUGCACUGACGUCUUCGACAAGUUCAUCUCCGCUGACCAGUCCGUGGCCCUGGGCGAGCUGGUCAAGCGCAGCUACACCCCGGCCAAGCCCUCCCAGCUGGUCAUUGUCAUCAACAUCUAUAGCUCUGAGCUCGACAACGUGAGCUUCAUCACCGACCCCGGGGUGAAGAAGUGCGGCACGCUGCGCCUCGAUCUCACGGGGGCCAGCGGCACUGCCGUGCCCACCCGCAGGGAGAUCCAGACCCUCAUGCAGUUCGGGGACACUGAGAUCAAGGCCACGGCCGUGGAUGUAGCCACCUCCAAGAGCGUCAAGCCACUGGCAUGAAGAAUAAAUCAAAAGCAGCUCCUGGGGCAGUGAGGCCAUUGUUAUCAAAAGACUCAAAACUGCUGGGCCAAAGGAUGAACUGAGC